AUGAUAUAAGAAUAGAAUGGAGAAAAUUUUGAUCAGAUGGAGAAUCUAAAAUAAUCAUAGUUGUACAAAAGUUUCUCUGAUUUACAACUCGAAAUAAAAAAAAAAUACUUAAAACUCUUUGAACAGAACAUAUAGGAAUCAAUUUAGUAAUAGAAUUAAACAUAGAUUGAAGUUACUCAAUCAUUCAUCGAAUACAUAAAUUCAGAAUAUCAAACCUAUUUGCAAGAUUUAAAAUAAUAAGAUAUUUAGAUCUCCUAAUAUUAAAUUGAAUUGACUUCUAUCCAAAAUUAAGAUUAAAUCAAUCCGAAUGAUAAUGGUAGAAAUUAUCAAAAUGAUGAUACAAAAUAAUAAAGUAAAGUAAUCAAAUUCAUCAAUGAAGGGAAUCUAGAUUUGUAUCAAUAAUCCAAUUUAUUUAAGGAAGCAGUAUAAACUGAUAUAAUUAAGCUUAAUGAUAAAGUUAUUAUGCGGUUGAAACUGUUUUGGAUGGUAACUAUUACAGACGAAUAAGAAAUAGUCCAAGAAAGGUUUCCUUACUAUUUGAAGUUUUAAAAUGAGAAUAAUAAUUAUAAAUAUAACCAAAACAUAUCUGAUCCAGAAUUUAGAAUAUUAUCUAAUGCUAACAAGCUGCUAAAUACCAAUAUUAUUGAUGGUUACAUUAACUACUUACAAAUUUAAGAUGAACUUCGUUAUUUCUCCCUGCCUUCUCGCGAAAGAAAAAACUACUAAAGACUUAUUAUAUUUCCUUCAUCACUCAUAGCUAAUUGCACACUCAAAUAAUUUGAAAUUACAAAUUAGGAGCACGUUAAAAGAAAAUUUGUAUGCCUAUUUCUGGAACAUAUUAAAUAAUUUAGUGCCAUCUAAUAUAAAUUCUGGCUAAUCUACAAAAAGAUUGGAAUAGUAAUUAAUAGUUCAAAUUUUCAUUGGUAAUUUCUAGAAGUGAAAGUUGAGGAAAGAUUUCUAAUUUUAUAUGAUUCUAUGUUCAAUAACUUGUCUUAUAAAGUAGAAUUAUUUUUCAAUACAGUAUUCUAAACUCUUACUAAAGACUAAAAUUUUUAUUUCAAAGUUCUAAAUAAACAAGAUUUUCCUAAAUAGAAAGAUGGGUCCAGUUGCGGAUACUUUGCCUGCAUAGCUGCUAAUUAUUUAAGUUAAUUCCAGAAUCAUUCAUUCCCAAGCUACAAAAUAUUGCCAAGUAUGAGACACGAAUUAUAGGAUUUGUUUUUUCCAAAACAAAAAAAUUGA